AUGGAGCAUAUAGUCUUAGAGGACCCAUCAGUCCUCGAAGCGAUAACCUUCGUCAAGGGGGGAAAAUCGAUAGCUUCGAGUUUGGAGAACGGCGAUGCCCUCAUCAGGAAAGGCCACGAGGCGGACCAUGCGCUCCAGCGAGUCCAGAGCCUCUCGCAGGUUGACCACAGAAUUGGGCAGGUUAUCAACCGUGGCUCGGUAGAUGUCUGGCGAUUACUGGGUCUCCACCGGAAACGCCUUGAAAUCUCCACUGGUGAUGUGAAACAAUUCGAGUCGCAUAAAAUGAGGGCAGAGAGUCGUUUUGAGUGGGUCUGGAAAAAGAACCUCGGAAGGACAAUUGCGCUUUUAAUUGUUUAG